ACUGUGUGUUCUCUGCUCUGAGAGACACUGUAACCAGACAGACUGACACAAUGGGCUGUGAGAGACGGCUGUUCCUGACUGCUGCUCUGCUGGCUGUCUUUUAUGCAGUAAGUGAUGCUAUCACCGGUGGACGAGAGGCGGAGGCCCACUCCCGUCCGUACAUGGCCUCACUGCAGGUCGCCGACGGCGGCAGGAUGAAACAUGAGUGCGGAGGGUUUCUGGUGGCCGAUCAGUGGGUGAUGAGCGCCGCACACUGCUUUCUCUCUGGGUCAGAAGGGAGGAAGGUGGUCCUAGGAGCUCACUCUCUGAGCGAACCGGAGGAUUCUAAACAAACCUUUGACAUUGUUCAAGUGUUCAGUCACCCUGAUUUCAGCAUCUCUAACUAUGAUAAUGACAUUGCUUUGGUCAAGCUGGACCGGCCAAUCAUUCCAAGUGAUGCAGUAAAGUCCCUGAAGUUCCAGCGGGACGAUGGGGCUGACCCCGUCACGGAACAGGAGGUCAACACGGCGGGGUGGGGGUCACUGAACAACCUGGGGUCACGUCCUGACAAGCUACAGGAACUGGUCAUCGCUGUGAUGAACCGUGUUCGAUGCGGCCGCAGUGACUACUAUGGCAGGAAGUUCACCAAAAACAUGCUGUGUGCGGCCAGCAAACAGAGUGACACCUGUGAUGGUGAUUCUGGAGGUCCUCUCCUGUAUAAUGGUGUAGCAGUUGGGAUCACUUCAAAUGGAGGGAAGAAGUGUGGAUCCAGCAAGAAGCCUGGUUUAUACACAACCAUCUCCCACUACAGCCAGUGGAUAGACAAGACCAUGACUCAAUAGAAGCCUGGUUUAUACACCCCCAUCUCCCACUACAGCCAGUGGAUAGACAAGACCAUGACUCAAUAGAAGCCUGGUUUAUGCACCACCAUCUCCCACUACAGCCAGUGGGAUAGACAAGACCACGACUCAAUAGAAGCCUGGUUUAUGCACCACCAUCUCCCACUACAGCCAGUGGAUAGACAAGACCAUGACUCAAUAGAAGCCUGGUUUAUGCACCCCCAUCUCCCACUACAGACAGUGGAUAGACAAGACCAAUAGAAGAAUGUUGUGUCCCAAAUAUAUUCCAUAUGUAGCGCACUAAUGUUGACAAGCCCUCAUAGGACCAUGGCUUAGUAACAUAGUAAAACAAUAUUAAUUAUAUUAUACCACUUUAUGAAACAUAUAAUCAUUCCUUAUGUAAAAAAUGUUUUGGGCAAAUAUACUGUGAAAAGUUCAAACAUUUUGUGACAUGUGCAAGCAGAAUUAAAACCAUGCAUACAUUA